AUGACUGACCGCAAUGCUAAUCACUACUACUCAGCGAACAACAGUCCUUGCCCUCCAAAAUCUCAAAACCCUUAUUAUUGUAACAUCACUCAUGAUUACUCCCAAGUCAAUCAAAGUUCUCGAAACCUCAGAUCGAUCCAAAUCACCCUCCUUCUGCUCAGCUUAGCGUAUCACAGCCUCACUUUGGUGUAG